AUCUGGUAAUGUUUGUGUGUUAUUUUUGGACUACACAGUAUGUCCUAGUCUAUCGUACGUCCACAGUUAACAGUGUAAAUAUGGUGUUUUUCCCACGUGAUAUUGUCCUGAAGUAAAUCAAACACAGUUUCCUUAUCUCCCGUGUGUGAUAUCGGCGUUGACACGUUGUGAUUUUAGUGUAAGGGCUCAGAACUGGAGAGUAACGGGGAUGUGGUCACCUCUUUGGCUAGAAUGGAAAGCAAACACAAGAAAAAGGGUGAUGCCGCAGUGGGCGCUGGCAGUAGCAAUAGUUCUGUUUCUGUCACCAGUACACACACCUCUGUUGACUCACGUACUUCAACAGUCUGUUCUUCAUCUCUCACCUGCUCAACAGUCACAAGUAAGAAGGAAUUUCUGGAUGGGAGACUUACACAAACCGGGGCUCAGGACACCUCUCGAAAUAAUAUUGACCAAGAGGGAAACAGAGGUAAUGUCAGGUUAGAACGAACGGCAGGCGAUGGGACGCAAGUAGGAAUCAGUGACUCAAGGACGAGCGAAAAGCGAAGUUAAAGAUGUCAGUAAUCGAAGUACACACGCUUAUGCUGGCGAAUCACCACUUAGGAAAUCCACUUCCCCCUCAGGGAUGCCUUCGCCUGAGAGCGUGUUACGAAGGGGCCAGCAUGGAGAACCUGGUAUCCAGACUCCCUUUUCCCCGCUCCGAUGUGAAGGACAGACGAGCUUUGGUGAAAGGAUUGGUGCAACUAAGACGAGUACUGCGCCCGGUGAUAUGGGCAAAUUAUCUAGUCAGUAUGCUGCACGACAGAAACAGAAAUCCAAUGGCUUUCUAAAUAUAUUCAAAUGGUUUAGAAAUCGAGACAAGAGGAAGUUUGGUUCUGUUGACAAGAUUAGCAUUAACAGCAGUGAAAGUCUCAGUAGCUUAACCAGUGCCACGAGUAGUUUUGCCUACAUACCAAUUAUGAGAAGCAAAAGUGCUGGUAACCAGAAGGAAAUUUUAACCCCAUGCAGUAUCCAAUCUCAGGCUGUUACUUCACGCAAAUAUAAACUUUUUUCCAAAGAAUCUUCUCUGAGCAGAUUAAAAUCAGACUCUAAAAGAAACAGUCGAGUCUCUGCCAUAAGUGGUUCGUCAGUCGAGUCAUCCGUGAGAGAAGGCUCGUCAAGACCAACAUCCAUGCGAAAAAAGAGGCCGGCCCCCCAACCUCCUGGUUCGCCCAAGUCAAGUGAAUCUGGAUCACUUAAAAGCUACACCAGUUUGCCUUCCAGGGACCUUAUACCGGUUACUGGUUCUACAACAGAGGUUCCGGAAGGGAGAAGGCUUCAGAAAUCAAAAAGUGAAGGGUUAAUUUGUAGGAAAACUAAAAGAAGAGCUCCACCUCCACCUGUGCAAGCAGUCGCUCAGAGAUUUAAUGAAGAGAACCAAAAUAAAAAAGCAGAAUCUGAGAAAGGGGCAAAACUCUACUCUGCUGACGGGUCUAGUUCAGGUGGUCGACCAACAGAUAGUGUUUCUAGUACCAGUUCAUUGUCUCAGUCCUUAUCAUCCAUUUCCACACUUCAGUCCCACAGCAGCAGUGCGAAUUCUGCUCUCCACAGCACUGUAAGAUCUACAUCUAGCUCGUGUGUCUCUGAUGACAGCAAAUCCACUCUCACACCUCGUCCUUGGUAUAAGAGGAAAAAGAAGGAAAAUGACAGUAAAGAUCCCAAGACCUCAAUGAAAAAGGAAAAAGUCUACGAUACCUGGAUGCCUGAAAUCCAGUUUUCACGGAAACUAAACCUUACAGGAACAUUUCAGAAAAACAAAAAUAAAAAUGACACCAAAGAAUCUCCCACCAAAACAAAAGAAGAUGAAAAGAAGGAAAAGAGGCAGUCACAAGUCUCUUUGUUAGCAAGCAUAAGUGAGCUGGACAGAGCGGCUUCAGAACAAAUGCAACGAGAAUUAGAGGAAAAGAGGGCACAGAAAGCGGAUUACGAUAGUAAGUUUUAUAAGGCAAGUGAACCACGUAUUCUCACACAAAGGGAUUUCUUGCCCAGACAACAAGAACAUUCUGAUUCAACUGGGCAAGAAGAAUCUGGACCUUCAAGAUUAUGGUAUAUGGGAAGAAAUGAAAACCAAGACAACUACCAUAAAAAUGAACAUAUUGGUACUCUACCCGAGAGCUACUCCAAGCAGUCUACGCUCAGAGUGGAGAAAAUUAAUGGUAAUCAUUCCUUAGAUGACAACUGCAGUGGGAACGACUUAUUCCCGCUGGAUUUAGAAAGUCUACGAAAUUCUUUGGAAUGCGAUAGCUUACCUGAUCUAUUUACAGGCAGUCCAGAGCCACCUAGUUCACCUGGUCGAACGCGGGAAUCACCCUUGCAGAGAGCUGUCAUUGAUGCUGAGUUAUUCUAUCAGCUUGCCAAAGACUCAAGAACCUCCGUUGAUGUUAAGCCAAAAAACUCGCCAAAUGCUUUACGUCGAGUGGAAAACAGGAAGCAGACAAGGACCGAAGAGAGCGAAGAAGAAAUCACCGGGCUAGACUUGUCCGAUGUGUUUGGUCCCUUUCGUAGACAGAGUAAGAAUUUCGGACUCAGAAUGAAUAAUUUCUUUUCUCCUGAUGUCUCUACUAUUCUGGAAACAUCUGAGUCCAUGACAUCGACUGCAACAACACCAGGAGAUGAAAUAUAUGAGGAUGUGUCCAUGCCAAUGUCAGUCAUUGGGAGAAGAAAAACUGAUUCAGUACAUGAAGAGGUGAUCAGCGAGGCAAAUUAUGAAUUCCGGCUGAAUUCCUCUGAUGCUAGAGAGAUCAUACAGGAGAUAGCAGAUGUGCAAGAAGAAAUUGAAAACAUCAGGAAACAGGAAGAAGAAGAAGCUAUAAGAUAUUCAGAUAAGAGGAAAGCAAACAAGAUAAAAGCUGAAUUGUCAUUUUUCAGAGACCGAGAGUGUUUCGAUUUCUGGCAGGGUAAAGCAACCUCCAGUAAUGUUCCGCCAAUGCCCAUUGAAAUUAAUGAAAACAAUGAACGCAAACUAAAAUGGGUCUGUGAAACCUGCACAUUAAUAAAUCUUCCAUGGAGACUGCAGUGUGAGGCAUGCAUGAAGAGAAGGCCAUCAAAUCCAAAACGAGUGGAUGAAGAUGGAAAUUCCGUAUCAUCGGAGCACCUGAGUUCCCCUCACACAGGCUCAAGUGAGAGUCCAGUAACAGUGAUUCACGAAGAUGGUGUGAACACAAGGACAGGAAAUGCCACUGGAGAAGAAGCUGGGUGCAGCGAGGGAAUAUCACCUACGAGGGACCAGGAUCCUACAGGGAAAAACAGGAAGGACAUCAAUUGGGAAGUAGAGUUACAGAAAUAUUUCAGAACUUUCGAUGAACAUGUAAGGAACCAGAAUGACACAACAGAUGAAGGUGAAAAUCAUCCAGUUUUGGAAGAUGUAAAUCUACCACAAGCAGAGGCAUCAUAUGGUAAAAUAUCAAAAAACGGUAAAAGCACCCAGAAUGCUUUUUCUGCCUCAGGCUCAGAGGAAAAGCAUCAGGGUGCAAAACCAAAGACAAAGAAAUUCGGAAGUGCUUUCACCGAAGAGGAGAUAAGGGCGUCUUAUGAAUUAUUUAACAUGAAAGUAAGUGCUCAUGGAAACAUUUUAAAGGACAUAGAUAUAGAUGAAAUUAGGAAAUUACGACUCGCUAAAUUUCAAGAAGGAAUCGCGUCUGUGUCAGUGAACAACGAGACAAAUAUCACUGAUCAGGAAGUUAAAAAAAACACCAAAGAAAAAAAGAAAACCAAGAAUAAAAAUAAACACAAAAAUACCGAGGAAGAAGGGUGUAGCUCAAAAAACAAUGAUCUGAGAGUUGUCCAAAAUUUCCAAGAAAGUCCAAAAAACGAGGAGAAAAUCAAGACACCGGAGGAAGCGGACAAAACCUUUUAUGCCAAAAGCUACACCAAACCUCAGGUACUAAAACCUAGCGGUGCCGUUAGGAGUGCGAUUAGUGUUUUCAAUCAGAUGGACCAGAUAUACCAAAUAAGCAAAGAAAAGCCCAAAGUUACUCGCAGAAGAUCAUUUGGAAAUGUCAGUGGCAGGGCGCAGUUAUUCGAAAGUCUCAACUCGGGAAGCAACAGCCCAGAACUACCGAGGUCACAGAAGAUCAUGAAGGAAGUUCCUAAGCCUUAUCAGAAAGUAGAAAUAUUGAAAGACAAAGACAUUGUUUCUGCCAUUGCGAAAUUUGACGAAAUGGCAGCCAUGGCGGAAAUAGAGAAAAUAGAGAAGCACAGAGUGAAGAAUGAAACCCCCAAGAAAAAGCCAUGGGUUCCAAGUGUAUUCUCAGUAACUACCACAAAAACAUCGACCUCUGUAACGAACACGACAUCCAAUACAAAUUUCCAAAACACCACAGUCCAAACUAAUAAUACAAAGUGUAGUGUAACUUCCUCUAGCAAUCUUGAAAAUACAGUUUCAGAAAGUUCAGAGGCACUAAUCAAAGGAGGAAUUCUGUACACUGAACAAAGGAAGCGGUCAAUGUCCAUAGGUUCAGCAACUUUUGAACUAAUUGAAGCCAAAGAUUUUGAGAAUAUCGAAGCUCAGCAUAGUGAAUCCUUAUUAUCUACAGCCACUGGCAUAUCAGAACUUCCUGGUGCCUCGGCUGACACUAGUGCCACCAAUGGGCCCACAACAGUCUUUAAUCCCAUAGCAGAACAAACCUCCCAUUCUAAUACAGUAGCUUUAGUUCCCAAAUCAGAAAGCGUGGAUGAAUGGAAGAGAGAUAUAGAGAAUAAAGAAUUGGAGAGACUGAGUCAUCAGCUUACAGGCCCAGACGGCAUUGCCACCUUCAAAGUGAUCUGCCUAGCUGGAGUUUUAUGGUUCCAGAGCCUUGAUUAUAACCCUUUUGCUUGUCAAAGAUAUAUAUGGAGCUUCAUCCCCUUAGAACCCCUUUUGAGGGAGGCUGCACCCCUGCCCCCGCCCCCACACCCGCCUGGUCUACAAAAUCUUCACCUCAUAUUUUCCGGCAGGAUAGAGCUCAGGCAAGCAACAACUGACAUGUUUUCGGGUGACUUAGUCGUUGUUGGCGAGAAUCGUCCUUAUCGGACAGCGGAGGGUUCAGUUUCGCGGCCUCGACGAAGAACUGAUGAUGGACUGGUGGUGUCUGGCUUUUCUGUAGUGACACGGCGUCUUACAGUUCGGGCGCAGUACUUCCACAGGCAGUACACCGUGGUUUCGCGGAGCAAUCUCUGGGCCACACCAACACUCCUGAACAUCAACCGCCUCCUGAAGAAACUCGAGACGGCCAUCUCCCGGGGCGACCACGCCAAGGCAGCCCAACUCGCGCACGAACUUGCCGAGCUCAAAAUAUCGUGCUCCGUAAUACGCAACAAGAGGAAUACAAGUAGUGAGAGCACGGUCAGUCAAGAGGAGGCGUCCGUCGUCUCGUUUAAGACGACCCAGUCUACGAUCAGGCCGAAUACCCUGGCGUUUGGGGAGCGGAGUGCGCUUUCCGUACUUCCUCCGAACGCCGAGUCUGUGGAGGCCACGACGCCGUCGAACGUGUCCGAAUGUUUCUACGAUGCUUCGGAGCGCUUCGAGAACGAGAACGGCGAUUCGAAUGAUUACAUAUAUGAGUAUGAGAAUGAUAACUUCGUCUAUCCAGAGGGCGCACCGCCAGCUUUAAUAUCCGACGCGAGGAAGGGAGAUAACAACCCAUCGGAAGUCGUGCCUAAGGAAAAGACAUCGCCAGUCUCAGCUCCCCGGUCGACGCCAGCCCAGGUCGAAGCCGCGUCAAAUGCGAGUCCGACGCCCAGCCGGAGGGAAGUCCGCGUCGACCCUGCGAGAAGAGAAGUCAAGUCGGACAACAUCAGCAAACUGACUGAUGAAUCGUCUGUUGAAGUCAAGGAUGUCAGAAAUACACCUUUGCCUUUCACGGUGAAGAUGUACGUUGAGGACAAAAACAGCCACCAGGGACCCAUUUCCUUCACUGUUGUAUCCACAAUGACAGUAGGCGAACUAAGAGAGAAGGUUUACCAGAACUUCGGCUUCCCGCCUCACGUGCAGCGAUGGAUCUUAGGGAAGCGUUUGGCAGACGACGACUCCUGCACUCUCGACCAGCACAAAGUCACGUCGGAAGGCUGUCCGAUCUUCCUCUAUCUCGUAGCCCCUCAAGCGGACACUCAGGAGAGGAACCACCAAUCUCAACGGAAAACGGAAUACGCCUACGUCGAUACCCCUGCGAAGGCCGUUCCUCCUACUUCUCCCCCUAAGGGUUUUAGAGAAGAAUGCAACGAGGUUAUUUACGAGAAUAUAUGUUCGGAGAGGGAGGAAUACGAGCCACUGAGCAGAAGCGAAGCCGCGGGGCCGAAGCCGGCGUCACAGCUCCGGCAAAUGCAGGAAGUGAAAUAUGCUCCCGUGCCUCAGAAGGUUGAAAUUCGUUCGAAUGUCAAUGGCGUGGCUAGAGGUAGUUCGAACGCCGCAAAUUCGUCCAGUAGUGGUAUAUAUCAGAAACAAAACGUCCAAUAUGGAAAGGUUAAUCCACCAACGAAGAAAAUUGAGGAGACGGUAUUGCUGCCAGUGCCAGCGAAAGGAGCGAAGAGAGAAACGACGGAAAUGACAAUACAGCUGCAGGCCCCACAACAACAACAACAACAAAGACAACAACAACGGCAACUACAAAACAGCAAAGACAACAACAACAACAGGAACAACAACAGCAGACAACAACAACAGCAGGAACAACAACGGCAACUACAACAACAACAGCUUUUACUACAAAAAAAGCAGCAACAACAGCAGCAGCAGUACCGACAACAACCACAACAGCAUCAACACCAACCACAACACCAGCCGGCAGCUAAGCAAGAACCCUCCGUAUUAAACCCGCCACUACAACUCCCAACACAAAAAACGGAAAGGUCACAAGACAGAUCGGAGCCGCUUACGAACGCAAAACAGCCCCAGCAGAAAGCAACACGGCCACAGCAGGUACAGCAACCGACGCAGAUCGUUGCCUCCGCCACCCAACUCCCCGCCACCACAGCAGAAACGGUCGACACCAGCAAGCAGCAAGCAAAAGCAGACAGCAGCGCGCCAAAGAAGAAGAAUUCAGCGCAAAAGGUCUCCUCCCCGAAGCAGAAGCAGAAACGAGCGCAGCAACCUGAAAGAUCACAACCAACCAAAACCAAGGAACAGCAUUUAGCACAAGCACCCUCACAGACGCAACCACAAGCGCCCUCACAGACCCAACCACAAGCGCCCUCACAGACCCAACCACAAGCGCCCUCACAGACCCAAACGCAAGCACCAGCCCAAGCACAAGCCCUGGAGACUCCCACAACCAAGGACCCCAAAGCUGGCGCGCCGACGAGAGAGGAGAGCACGGGAGACGCCAGAACCCUCACGGCGAAAGUGCACGGCUGGAUGUGCCCGACCUGUACUCUCGUCAAUCGGUGGGAGCGUCCUGGGUGUGAGGCGUGUGCAACCGAGAGACCGGGUUCGGAGCCCCUAGGGAAAGGGGCUGCGGCGGAAAAGGGCUCAGGCUUGGGCGCCGUCGUGUCAGCUCUGGAACGCCAGGGUUACGUCCCCAACCGAGAGCCUUUUGAAUGUCGCAUCUGUUUCCUUGACUUUGACGUGGGCGAAGGAGCUGUGCUGAGGGACUGUCUCCACACUUUUUGUAGGGAAUGUUUAGCCAACGCGAUAAAGUACUCUGACACAGCCAUGGUUAAGUGCCCUUACCGGGACGAGCAGUACUCCUGUGAUUCUUCUCUGCAGGACAGAGAAAUUAAAGCUCUGGUGACACCUCAAGAAUACGAGAAACACUUAGCGAAGUCGGUAAAGCAGGCCGAAGGGGCGAUGGAGAACGUAUACCACUGCAAGACGCCCGACUGCCCUGGUUUCUGUCAGUAUGAAGAUAACGUUAAUAUCUUCCAGUGUGAGGUCUGCAAGAAAGUCAAUUGUCUGACGUGCCAGGCGCAGCAUCAUGGCGUCAGCUGUAAAGAAUAUCAGGACGAUUUGGCGAAUAAGGUGGAUGAGGCAGCCAUGAAGACUAAGAAAUUCUUUGAUGAUAUGAUCCGGCGCGGAGAUGGCCUGCCGUGUCCGAAAUGCUCGGUGAUGUUGGUGAGGAAAUGGGGCUGCGACUGGAUGCGGUGUCCGAUGUGUCGCACGGAGAUAUGCUGGGUCACGCGAGGUCCCAGAUGGGGUCCCGGGGGCCCGGGUGAUGUUUCAGGAGGCUGCAAGUGUGGCAUUCGAGGCCAAAAGUGCCACCCGAAAUGCACUUACUGCCAUUAAUAGUAUUACGUCAUCAGUUUUUCCUCUCCCCAUAUCUUUUUUUUUAUCGCUUUUUGUAUUGCUUCCUUGAAGGAGCACACUAUAUAUGUAUACAUAAAAAAAUGCUUAAGUAUUUCCUAGUUUGUUGUUACUAACCAAAGUAAUAACAGAUCGCCUUCUUUUGUUGACAUGUAUUUUGUAGAGAUGUUAUUUUCACCAACAAACAGGCGACGAUCAGCGGCCGCUAUUUCUCACACAGAGACUUUUCCUUUUAUUUCCAGAGCAAGGCCGCUCUCUGCCUCUGCCUAACCUUUUGUAUUUUAUUUAUUUAUUUAUUUUGGCCUGAGAGCCUCUUUUUUGUAUAAAGCAACAAAUAACUUUAGGAUUCGCUAGGUAUUAAACAAAGAUUUUGUGAUUGGUCGCGCCUUGGUGCGAACGCGAAGAAUCAGUCAGAUGAUAUGUGACGAAUAUAAUCCAUUUUGUGGGCGUGUGAUUACUUACUUAUAUAAUUAGUACGUGCAUAUCAGUAUGCAUACUUUAACACACACACACACACACACACACACACACACACACACACACACACACACACACACACACACACACACACAC